UAACUUAUCUACAAUUCAGUCACGUAUUAAAUUGUUCUAGAGACGUAAGAGUCUUAGAAAAGUGUAAAAAAUAAUUUUCUUGAGGGUUAAUUGACAGUUGUCUAACCUCAAAACGUCAAACUAACGACAAUGUCAAAACAGUAUGGUUUAAUCGUCCCAAACAAGGACAAGGCAGUGAUUAAACGCCCCGCAAUUUUCGAUGAGUCCGAUGAGGAGGAGUCAGUCCCCACGGGGGCCAAAAAAUCGCUUAAAAAACAAGACAAAAUUUUGCAAAAUCGGGCAGUUGAGGAAGACCCAACAGUGUUCCAGUAUGACGAGAUUUACGACGAAAUGGACAAGAAACGUAAGGAGUCAAAAUUGAGUAGGAAAGAUCUGGACAGGAAGCCCAAAUACAUAAAUAAAUUGCUUGCUGCUGCUGAUCGACGCAAAAAAGAGAAUGAAAGGCGCAUUGAACGCCAAGUACAGAAAGAAAGGGAGACGGAAGGUGACGAAUUUAAAGAUAAGGAGGCGUUCGUCACUAGUAGUUACAAGAAGAAAUUGGAGGAAAUGAAAGAGAUGGAGGAAUUGGAAAGGAGGGAGGAGUAUUUGGAAUCGAUUGGAGACGUGACGAAACAGGGGAAUUUGGACGGGUUUUACCGCCAUUUGUACGACCAGAAAGUAAAUUUUGAAGAAACAACAAAAGAUAAGGAACAAGAAGAAAAAACAAAAGAUAAGAAACAAGAAGAAACAGUAGAAGAUAAGCCAAGUAAGAGGAAAUACAGAAAACGCCACAGUUCAGACUCACAAUCGGAUAAGAGCGAAAAGGAGGAAGAAACAGAAGUGAAGAAAGAACAUCUCCCUUCGAAUCUAGACGCCGAUUCUGACUUCAGCAUCGAUUCUUCCGACAGUGAGGAAGAAACUGAGAAAAAAGUGACGGUGGAGAAAGUGGAAGAGAAGAAACAAGAAAUCAAGGAGGAAAAAGAAGAAGAAAAACAACCGGAACAAGCACCUGAACCCCCACCCAAAAAACCGAAAAUUGACAUUUGGAAAAAAAGGACAGUUGGGGAAGUGUUUGACGCCGCCUUGCGGAGGUAUUUUGAAAGAAAGUCGUUAAGGGAACUAUAAUUUUGAGUUUUGUAAUAAAUAAAAUUUGGUUCCCCGGUGGGCGCCGUAAAAUCAAA